AUGAAAACACCACUCCUCCUCGGCAUAUCCGGCCCCUCCUCCUCAGGCAAAACCACCCUCUCGCGCCUAUUGCGAGACAUAUUUCCCCCAUCAAAACUCUUCAUCCUACACCUUGAUGACUUCUACCUCACCGACACCGAAAUCCCCAUCCGCAACGGCAUCCAAGACUGGGAUUGUCUGGAAUCACUCAAUCUGCCCCAGCUCAAAGAAGCCCUGCAACACAUCAAACAGCACGGCACGAGCCCAGCGUGGCUGAAGAGCAAAGAGGACCAAAACAGCGUGGGCGAGCAUGGUGUUGACGAGAAGGAAUUGGAGGAACUGAGACAGAGAGUUGGCGCGUGGUUUGAGGGCAGGCCUGAUUGGGAGGAGAGGAGGAUAUGCGUAGUCGAUGGGUUCCUGCUCUUCUCCGAGGAUAUGAAGGAGAUUGGAUCACUUUUCGACGUCAGACUCUUCCUGCGCACGAGUUAUGAGACGGCGAAGACAAGGAGAGAGGCGCGGAGCGGAUACGUGACGCUCGAGGGGUUCUGGGAAGAUCCGCCGGGUUACGUCGAUAAGGUGGUGUGGCCGAAUUAUGUCAAGGACCACAAGUUCUUGUUCGAGGGCGGCGAUGUUGAGAAGGAAUUGAACGAGGGUGUGUGCAAGAACAUUGGAAUCAAUGGAAUGCCGAGACGCGCCGAGGGGAAUAUGACUGAAUGUCUGGAGUGGGCUGUAGGAGUGUUGGAGAAGGCUGUCAAAGACGCGUAA